CGCACAUGUUGCCUAAAGCUAUGCCUGUAGAUAUAAUUUUUUGUUGUUGACAUGUCUGUCGAGGCAAUUAGAUUAGAAGGAUCUUCUAAAUAAUCGGAAGUUUUUACAUGUAUACCAUGUAUAGCCAGUUUGUUAUCAAAUGUUAAUGAGGAAACUGGUCGAGUUGGGCUUAACACUGGCUUAGAACAUGCAAAAGAAUGUGACGCAGUACACGGAAAUUGUCUUCCACGUGGAACGCCGUGAACAACCAAAAGCAGUUCAGCCGAGUGACGAUGAUCGAUCCGUUAGCAAAGCCUCUCGCACUCCGCCCAAUAUGGACUGAGUUAUGCACUACAUCAAGGAAGCACUGAACGUCAAAUUCUAAUAAAUGUUAUAGACCGGACAUAAAAUCAGUUGUUGAUCCCGUUGGAAACAUUCUUCACUGCUGAACCGUGAGACAUGUUGAUGAAGUAGUUUUCUACAUCCUGUAUUUAAUGGCUUGAUUGAACGGCAUUGUGUAAGUGUAAGGCAUCACUAAUCGAUUCGCUACUUCUUUGUUUGGUUUAUUACUUGUUCCUUAACAACCACAGCAAUGAUUACAGUAAUUAUGAUUUGUUAAGCCUAUAUUGGUUGUUAGAAAGAAAAACGAGUGACUGCUGCUGAUCGGAUUCGUUUAACAACAAAUCGGGACGUUUAUUUAGCUCACGUUGUACAUUUCAAGUUUGCACAGCUUCCUGAUAAUUGCGGAAUGUUAAAACAAUCGUGUUUGCAGACCGAGUAUCUACAAAUAAAAAUAGAUCUGUGUAAUCGUGACUUACACGGUCUACCUGUGUAGUUUGUAUGCGGAGGAACGAACCAGUGCGGAAUCGACCAGAUGUUUCCAGCCGAUCAUCAGCGACCGCAAAUGAAACAAGUUUCGCCUUGCGUUCAAGUCUACAAUUUUCUUUCAAGCUCUACUUUAGUCCACUUAUUUUGUACUGAAAAAAAAAAAAAUAUUCUCGAUCUACCAGGAAACUGAGAACAGCUGUUAUUGGGCAAGAAAAGACGAAGAACCGGGUCAGCCGUUGAUUCUCACGGUGAUAAAUGUCGCCUUCGAAGUACACAUUGAAGGAUACGCCAUAGUGGUACCGGUAUUAUUCAUUUACGCUUAUGCAACAUUGGUCGGUCAUGAAAAUGUAGCAAGGGAAAUCCAAUCAUUAUUUAUUUUUAUUUAUUUCUUUUUGCUUUGUUUGUUUUUUUCAGGGUAGCAGAAGCUUUGCUGGGAAGCAGCAGAGAACUAAAGAAACCAUCCAACCGUAAUAAGAACGUCUUCCCCAAAACAAAAGUUCAAACAGUGUAUUCUUUUUUGUUUCUCUCAUCUCCAAUUAUCACGAUCGAAUUUUUCAAACUCGUUUUCUUUUCGUGACAUUCCUCUGUGAUCUUGCUUAAAUCUUUCACAGUACCAGAAGUAGAUAAACCUGUCGUUGGGAUUAAAGAUUAGUUGGUCCUACACACUCUGUCGGCUUCGACAGUAAAUCGGGAUAGAAAACAAAUCAUCCACGUCACCUUCGAGUUUUCCAAAAGAAGAACAAGAUAAUCGAAAAGAAUUUACGGCGUAAGGGCCAAGUAGAAUCAGUCCUACCAAACAGAUUUUUAGCCUGGUUUUUCUUUUUUCUUUAGUCCACCAUCUGUUAAAUAACGACUUUAACGAUUAGAAAAAAAAAAGGCCGACGACUCGUUAACGACCUAAAGCCACUCCCGCUGUUUCAUUUGCUGCCGCAAGAAAUGAGAACAGCGCAGCUACCGGAGGCACACCCUACUAGGCUUACAAAUGACUUCUUUAACGAACAGCAGUUGGGUUAAAUGAGUGCACCUUGCGUGUCAAUUCUUGUUUCUUUUCGGAAAAUAUUUUAGUAGAGAGACGGAAAGAAUGCCAAAGAAAGUAAACUGGCCCAAGACUUUUAAACUCUAAAGAAUGAAUACAGGAAACCUUCGAUGGCUUCCUGUACUCAUUGGUAUAUACUAUCAUUGUCAUCGGUCAACAAUGAAUAUUUGAAAUCCUUCAGCAAAUGCGUUUUCGCGUGAGCGGUUAGGCUUUGCAUGAGAAAGCUCUGACGGAUGAAAAUAUGUUGGUAGUGCGCAUGUUUAGGGCUAGUGCUGUGUAAACGGAAUCCAAGUGAUACGAGGAACGGAUAGCCACAUUGACGCGAUAGUUGAGAACCGACCAGAACGGAAAGAUGAACUCUGCUGAGACGGAUGCGAACGGUAGUAUGGGUAGCGUAGAUCCGCUUGAGGCAAUGAAAAAAGUAUUAGAAGAAUACUCGGCUGGGCAGGAAUUUGAAGAGCUAGUUGCGCCCGUCGAAAAACACCUGCGGAACGAAAUCCGGAAACGAAAUUGCCGCAUCCUGCUCAAGGUAUCCGGUGUAACCGCUUUGGCUCUUGUUACCAUUUUCGCCCUAGUCACCUUCACACCGUUCUACUUUCACCUGCGUGCCCUCGGACGCAUAGGACUAAUUCAGUUGACUCCAUACUGGGACUGGAGCGAUUAUUACUAUCGGGAUUGCCUAGUAGAAAACACUUUCACUAUCACGGACGAUUCUCCGUCACAGCCGGAUUGUUCGGCUUGCGAAGACAUUGGACCCAUACAGACUGUUAGCAAUAUAUCAACGCGCUUAUUGAUUGACAAUUACAUCAAUCAAGAGGUUCCUGUAAUUGUGACUGACGGUGCAUUGGAUUGGCCAGUUGUAAACGAUCCAGAUUUUGGGAUUGACAUUAUUUCCGAGGCGUAUCGUCAGGAUGAUUCAGGACGAAAGUUCUGCCAAUGGAAGAGCAACAUUUUCCCGUCUAAUAUGGACCUUGUGGAUUUCAUUCAACAGGUUCAUGGCUUUGCGUUUGAGCGACCAUGGUUUGCUCAUUGGGAAAACUGUGGUCGCAAAAGUGUUAAAACUGGACGCCGUUUCUAUACGAGACCCUACUUCAUAACGGCCGCUUUCGAUAUCUCUUUCAACAAUUGGAUUCUCAUUUCAAAUUACUAUCACGCCCAUCGUUUCAAACAGGUGAAGCUCCAUACCAGAUUGGCAAUGAUGGCCCAAAUACGCGGAUCUCAUCGCCUUCGGCUCUUACCCCAGCUGGCAUGCGAAGCAGAAUGUCCAGUAAUUCAGCUUACCUUACUCGAGGGUGAAAUAGUUUUGUUUAAUCCUAAACGUUGGCAUUUGGAAUAUCAACCUGGGGGAGAUUCUUCAAACAUUGCUUUCAUUAUUCAAGCAGAAAUUGAUUAAUUUCAAAACAGCUUCUAUAUCAAUGUGUGAUCUAUGUUUAGCAUAACUAGUGUGUUAUAAUGUUUAGCAACAAAAUAUAGCCUAGUCGUAUUACCCCCGAA